AUGCCAAGCACUAGACGCCGUCAGGAACAGUCCGCCUACCAAGCUACAACGACCCGUCACCACGCUACACGAUCCGCCUCGGCAAAUCAACCGCCAGUACCUUCAAUAACGACGACCGUGCAGCUCGAUAAGCCGCUGCCGCCAUCCCCUGAAUCACAGAAGAAGAAACACAAACCCGGAUUACUGAACCUAAUAAAGAAAAAGCCCUACGACCACUCGGACGCAUCGCAUCUUCAGCCUGCGCCUCUGAACACUCAUAGGCGCACUUCUUCCAACGGGAAUCUUAGUCCCGGGCUGCCUCCGCACCACCACCAGUCUCGUAGUAUGCCCAGUUCGCCGCUCCAAUAUAGUCCACCGCACCCACUGGACAUGCAGCGCGCUCAUUCAGCGGCCGCACACUACCCUGAUAUCCCUCAAUACCAAGCGUACACGCCCCGACCACAAGUCACGGAGCAACAACGCGCAGUAUCCUUGGGCACACCAUUCGAACCAAUAGACCCGCGCCCACGAAGAGGUUCAACGUUUCCGGAAUCAAGCACAAUAUCAUCAUCAACUGCUCGCGAGUCCAUCUCGGACGCUCCUCGACCACACACAUGGGUUUCGCCCACUGAAACACACGCUGCGUUUGGCGAUACCACGGACUUCCACCUUUUUGCAGAAGCCACUGCUGGACUUCCUGGUGGCUUCGACGCUCUCUCGCCAAUGGAAACACCGCGACUCCAAGGGUCGCUAUUUGCGCGCGGUACCCAGAAUGACAGGAUACCACUGCUGGCUCGCGAAACUCCUGCCCAAUCUGUGCCAGUACCAGUACCUGACUACGAUUGGAUGCCACCACAGGGCCCGAGAGACUAUUCAGUAUCCAGCUCAGCGCUUCCCCAGAUCUCAAGCUCAGCUCUUCCGCGAAGAGAUUCGUACGAUAUGAACGGUCCAUCUUCCCCUCUCCGACCCAAUUUAAAUACCAUCAACCUGGAGCUGGAGAGACUUGGCCUGUCUGAUUCCGAGCGCCCACCGGACGACGAACUCCCAGAUUAUGCGCAAAGUCAGGCGGAGAUGGCCGCACAGAAGCGAAAGGAAGCCUCAGCGCGAGCACGGGAACUUGAAUCACGAUGGAAUUUGGCCCGCGGGUGGAGGAAUCGGUAG